UACGGCUGGGGAGAGGCUGGCAGCUCUCUCUAGUCAGGCCGCAUCAGUGGGUGACAGCAGUGCGAUACAGCCCAGCUUCUUGGCUUGUGCGACGUGUCUGUCCCUGUUGUAUAUUUACAUGCUGUGUGACAUGCAGCGGUGCCAUAGCAGGGGAUACCAGCUUCUUUAGCAAAUAAGGGUGCUCAGUGGUGCCGGCCAGGGAAACCUUCUGCUGUUCAGUUGCUGUGGGACUACAGGUCCCAUCAUUCCCUGAUAUGAGAGGCUUGCUUGCCCUUGUAGUUGUUUGAUAGAGCUUAUGCAGGGAGACGCCCCCAUUUUGGACAGAAUGUCUCUUCAUGCUAAGUGCAGUGUCCCCACUCUUGUAUUGUAUGCUGUUGUGUGUUAGACUAGUUCCCACCAUGUAGCUUUCUUUAAAUAACAGGCCAUGUUCCAAAUCUGGUGGCUGUGUAUUUAAGGUUUUGAGUGGUUGCCAACCCUCACAGGGACUGGCUGCAGGAAUUCUGAAGGAGUAGUUUAAAUCAUCAAAAAGAUGCCCAUCCCUCCACCUCCACCACCCCCACCAGGACCUCCUCCACCUCCGACCUUCACCCAGGCUAAUACUGAGCCCCCUAAACUGAACCGCGAUGAGCAGAGGGGCCGAGGGGCACUUCUCAAUGACAUCUGUAAGGGAGCAAGGCUGAAGAAGACCACAGUGAUGAAUGACAGGAGUGCCCCUGUGUUGGAAAAGCCAAAAGGUGCAGGAGGUGGUCCUAGUUUUGGGCCCUCCAGUGGGUCGUCAUUGCAGCCCAAAGGAGGCCUCUUCCAGGGUGGUGUACCUAAAUUGCGACCAGUGGGGACUAAGGAUAGCCCAGAAGGUCCAGCUGGACGCUCUCCCCUUCAGGGUUCUUCAACACGAUCAGCUGCUCCCCGUCCCCCAGUAUCGGGGGGAAGGCCCCUUGAUGAUUCAGACAGCAGCAGCAACCGCUCCUCUCCUGAUAUUGGGCGAUCACACCGACCAUCCCUGCCAGACCUAACUCGGCCCCCCAGUGCCACUAGUCCUGGAAUGAAGCACAGUUCCUCUGCACCUCCCCCACCACCACCUGGCAGGCGCCAUGCUGGAGCUGCUCCUCCUCCCUCCCAGAACACAAAGCCCUAUAAUAGGGAGAAACCCCUACCACCAACCCCAGGGCACCGUGCCCCUGCUGCUCCUCCAGUAAAGCCCCCUCCCUCUCCUAUCAGCAUGAGAAUCCCUAAUUCUCAGGGACAGCCUCCUCCCCCGCCACCUUACAGGCAGCCCCCAGCUUCUGUAAAUGGACCACCUAGUCCCAUUAAUGAGCUCGCACCAGAACUACCGCAGCGGCACAACUCGCUCCAUCGUAAGCAAACUGCACCAGUACGAGGGUUAGCUCCCCCGCCACCACCUUCUGCUAAUCUUUCUCCAGGUGGCAACAGACCACCACCACCUGCCAGAGAUCCCCCUGGUAGAGGAGCAGCUCCUCCACCACCACCUCCCAUAGUGCGUAAUGGGGGCCGUGAUGCACCACCUCCACCACCUCCUCCAUACAGAGUUCAUGGUGGAAGUGAAACUUCACAAAACAGGGCCAAGCCACCUCCUCCUCCUUCUCGAACUCCCUGUGGACCUCCUCCACCUCCUCCCCCCAUCAGGAAUGGACACCGUGAGUCUAUAUCUGUGGGAAGAUCAUUUGCAGAGGACUUUGAAUCAAAAUAUUCCUUCCAUUCGGUGGAUGAGUUUCCUGCUCCUGAGGACUACAGACCGUUCCAAAAAAUCUACCCCAGCAAAUCAGUCAGAGUGACCCGUGGUGCUCCUCCACUGCCUCCUAUUCCAAGGUGAGAUGACACCACUGGUUUCUGCUGCCUGGACUCUUCACCCCAGCCCACCUCCACUCCUCCCUCCCUCUUUCCUACAGAGUGGGGCUGCUCCCGCAUGUAAACAUUUGUGAACAAAAAGGAGCUGGGAGUUCCCCAGUUACCUGUCUAUGCAUUCCGUAUCCUCGCCUCCGAUACAGCCCUCUCCACACCUUGCACGGGAGUGGGCAUUGUGCGGCUUCAACUCCUGUGUCCAAUCAGGAAACUCAUGACUCCCCCUUCAAUUCUCCCUGUGUCGGACUUAAUGGAUUGUUAUAUUUGCUAAUGCCAUGAUAAACUGAAUAGUUUAUUACCUUGGCAAUGAUUGUUUUGGCGAGGGGGAAUCUCAACAACAUAGGCACUGUACAUGACAACAAUAGUUAUACUAUAGGAAUAUACUACAAUCGAAAGUAAGGAUGCCCAGGAUAGUUAUCAAAGACUAGGUCCUAUCCUCAACACAAUGCACUUUCUUCACACAAGGCCUGGCAGAACUAUUCCCCUCCACUGUGGAUUCAGGAUAACAAAUAUUGUACUCCAGAUAUUAACCUAAAAUGGAUGGAUCUUGGCAGGUGGGAGAAUGAUUAGCCCAUAUUGUAGCCUUCAGCAGCACUAACACUAAUUAAGAAGACUGGAGAAGAUACAAGGAGAGUGAGGAUGGUGCUGGUGUUGGCCGAUUCUGUAGAGUCUGAAGCGUGACAUGUUUUAGUGAUGGUUGUCUUGUAAUAAGGUGAUGGGAAAGAUCUUUUUUUAGGAGGUUAUGCACUUCACUGUCUAUGCAUAUGAUGAGAGGAUGGUUAUUCAUAAGUGGUGUUUUCUUUUUAAGGUCACUGGAAUUCUUGCCCCUUCCUUUGUUUUUAGUACUAUUUGUUAUGCCACACCCCAAAUAUCCUUUUUGUUGUAUUUUUCUAAUAUACAUUCAUGGCCGUGUCUUCCUACACUUAUCACUACAUUUUUAAUCUCAUCAUUGUAUUCAGUAAUAUGACUGUAAGAUUACCCCCGUGCAAGAAAUCAGCAUGAAGAAUGCACUCUGGCUUUCUGUCUGCAUAUGUGUAGAAUAACUUUUACAAUGGAUCAUGUUCUGGGUAUUGGACUUUUCAGUGUGUACAUAACAGCACAUUUGGAACCAGUGUAGAUUCUCUGCAUUGUUAUACAGUGCAAUGUAAACUGAUAUGUACUGUCAUUUGCUGUUGCAGCAUGUUAUUUUCUGUGCAUAUAGACUAUACAAGACUAUACAAAACUAUAGGCUGCAGCAUAUUUAUGACUGCCAACGCUCCCAGUGCUGCUUCUAUUUGUGGGAAUUAAUUUGCCUUAUUUUUAUGGAGAUAACGUCUAGUGCCCUUUAUUGGCAAAAACAGGCUCUGCUACUGAUUAUCUUCUCCAGUGAUCCAAAGCAAUAAUUAGAAUGUUUUAACGCCACCCCCCUUCCCAUCCAGCAGGUAAUGCAGGUAUUACUGCUGUGUACACCAUUGCGUAUUCCACGUAUACACGCAUGUAAGGAAGCAUGGAGGUGCAUUUGAAAAGGAAACAACAGAUUGAUUUUCUCCACGGGUUUAUUUUGUUUUUACUCUUGAAAAGACCCACAAUAUUCUUUCAUGAAUGUGAUUCCAUUUUGUUGGAGUCAGGUCUGUGCAUAUAAAGUGUAGGCCUUGCCAUUAUAAAUCUGGACACAUUAAUUGAUCAAUGUUGUUUUUGUUUAGUUUUAAAAGUAUGUUUAGGGAGCCCUAAAGAGCUAGGCCUGUAAACUGCAAUCAAUGUAUGAACGGUUCCCUCUUUCUUAAACACUACUAAGCCCUUUUUGAAUGGUGAUGGAAGCAAAUGUUUGUUCUGCAGAGUAUCUAUUGGUAUGUGUCUUACUUUGCUAUGAAUCCUAUAGAGUGGUGUUCGUACAUUCCCUGUGAUGCACUGCUCUGUGGAGAACAGAAACGGGGCCCCAAAGCAAUUGCUUCUUUAUUGGUCAAGAAAAGGGUAAACAUUGAAAGUUUGGUACUAUUCUUUUCUAAUGUAUAUUUUACGCUGAAAUAAUCUGAACUUAUAGAUACUGAUGUCUAUUUUGUAUGUUGUAAAAUAGGACUAUGAGAAAAUGGUUGAAAAAUACUAAAAUAUAAAUAUAUCUAUAUAUAAAAUGUAUAA